AACUUCUUGUCUCAUGGCCUUAGGCCUACGACAUUAAUUUUAAUCUUCAAAAAAAAUCCAUAUGGGAAUGCUUGAAGAUUUUAGAUUAAUGGGCCUGGGGCCUACUGCCUUUUUUUCUGAAAAAAAACUCUGACAUCAGUUUUUAGACAAACUUGCCAACCACAUUUGGUGGUCAUAGGCUAUUGUCCAACUUGUCCAAGAAUCAUUAAAAUCAGGGAAAUAAUAAUUAGGUGUCAUUAGUGAAACUGGUAUAUAUAUGUAGCUAAUUAUUUGGAGAUGACUUUGCUGCCUUGAGCAGUAGUUGGGCAUUCAAGAAAUGAAGUGGUAGGUGUUAAAAGCACAAAUAAGUCAGUUUGUCAUUCACCUUGUUUGAAUUAAAUGCUCAAUUGGCCAGUUCCAAGUAUGCACAUGUUGCCCCGGUAACCAUUCCGAAAUCAGACUAAAGUGCCCAGACUCGGCAUUAAAGUUUAGCAAAACUCGCAGUGUUUUUCUAAGUCUUUCUUUGCUUGCUUAUCUAACUGCUCUAGGUAGCAUUACCAAUCAAAUCCAAUCUUUCAGUAACACACUAUUAAAAGAAUCGGUUUGUCUUCCCUCAUCUGAGGUUAGAUUACAGGGGAGAUCUGUUAUCAUUGUCAAAUUUACAAAACCGCCAAGUUAUAUCAGUUAAUCGCUGUUGGUCCGGAACAUGCCAAACAAAGAAGAAUGUUUCGGAUUGUAGCUAAUUAAAGACAGACGGACUAAAUAUAGAAUGGAAGCAGCGGCUUCUUAAAAAACUGCAUCUUAUUGGACGACAUCAACUGUAUAUUUUUAGAAUCUUAUCACCUGCUGCGUAUUGUAAUCGUAUUUUCAUUGAAAAGUUGACUGUUGGGAUUUAACUUUGUGAAAAUUAACUUCAGCAGCAUUGAUGGUAGGUGGAUAGUUGUAUCUAUUGUAACAACGCAUCUUUUUGCACCUGUAAGAGAAAGGAAGAAAUUGAGGAAUGUCUUUGCUUUUGUAGGUGGCUCUAAUAAUGCAACCAUUUGUCAGAUAUUAACUUAUUAAAAGUCAUGUUUGCCCAGUGUUUAUUGUGUAAUUUUCACCCAGAAAGAUAAACAUGUGGGGCUGCCCUAUAAAACUUGGAGAUGGCCUGGCAAAGUCCAUCAUUUGUCUGGUCGUGCUAACCUGUGCUGAGGGCAGUGUGGCACUGUUCGGUUCCUAGGGUUCACACACGUAUGCAUACAUAUACAUUUGGACAAUUUGCACACAGGGUCUGGCAAGUUUGAAUAAUUCAGACAGCACUGUGCAGCUUAUCUUCAUUGUACGUGUCCAAGGAACAUUCCCCAGUGAUUCCCAUGUGCAGGCCUAAUUCUGGUCAUGGCAAUUUUUGUGUGUCGGGCUUGAAUCAAUUAGCUAGCAUCUGAAGUGUUGCCUAUGUGACUUUCCUGCCCUGGUGUGUGUUGACUUUGCAAAUUUGAAGCAAAUAAAGAAGGGCUCAGUUUUUGUCACUCGCUGACUGAAAAUUUGAAAGAGCCUGUCGGCACUUGCCUUAACGUUGAAAUGCCUGCGUUUGCCGAGGGAGAAACUGCAGUGGACAUUCAGGAAAAGCCUUUAGAGGAGGAGACAGAUCUGUGGACCAUGGCGACGAACAACAAUGCCUUGGUCUCCAUCCCGGAAUACUUCACGGACAAGUCCAUUUUCAUUACGGGGGCGACCGGUUUCAUCGGCAAGGUCCUGGUGGAGAAACUGCUGCGGUCGUGCCCCACCCUCAAACAGAUCUUCCUUCUCGUCAGGCCCAAGGCGGGGCAGACUGCGAGGGAAAGGCUGUCUGUGAUCACCAAGUCAAAGCUGUUUGACAAAAUCAGGGAGGAGAGCCCCGAACUCCUGGACAAACUGGUGACAAUAGAGGGUGACAUUAUGGAGCCCAACCUCGGCAUCUCGGAGGAGGAUGUUGCUAGGUUACAGGAAGAAGUUCACAUUGUCUACCACAGUGCGGCUACGGUGCGGUUUGACGAGAAACUUGGUCUUUCUUUGAAGCUGAACGUGGGCUCCGUCCAGAAGAUGAUAAAACUCUGCCAGGACAUGAAAAACCUGGAGGUUUUCUUGCAUGUUUCGACGGCGUACGCGAACUGUGACAGAAAGCAGAUCGAGGAAGUGGUGUACCCGCCGCCCAUGGACCCGUACAAGCUCAUGAACGCCACAGAAUGGAUGUCGGAGGACAUGCUGGCCACCAUCACUCCCAAGAUCCUCGGCAACCGGCCCAACACCUACACGUUCACCAAGGCCCUGGGGGAGUACGUGCUUCUACAGGAGGGGGGCGGGCUACCGAUCUGCAUCGUCCGACCGUCCAUUGUCGGCGCGGCUUGGAAGGAGCCCAUGCCGGGCUGGAUUGACAAUUUCAACGGGCCAAGUGGACUCUUCAUUGCCACUGGCAUGGGUCUGCUGCGCUCCAUGCUCGCCGACUCUGAAGCUGUCGCUGAUAUCUCGCCGGUGGAUUACGUGGUCAACACCCUGAUUGCUGCCUCCUGGCAUACGGGACUCCACAGACCAGCCACAACGCCCAUCUACAACUGCGUCACCAGCUCAACCAACCCCUCAAAAUGGCAAGUCAUCGGCAACAUCACACAUUACUUCACAAAAACACCCCUUGAGAUGGUGUUCAGAAGACCAAAUGCUGCAUUCACAUCAAACCCUAUCAUGCACACCUACUGGAACAUGAUUGGCUCAAUGGUUCCUGCUUUCUUCAUGGAUUUGGCACUGCAAGUGAGAGGACAGAAACCAAGGAUGGUGAAGAUGUGUGACAGAAUCUACAAGUCGACAAAGACACUGAAGUAUUUCACCACUCACCACUGGGAGUGGAGUAACCACAACCUGGAGGCUAUGCAGGCUCUCAUGUCCGAAGACGACAAGAAGAGCUUUUACAUAGAUGUGCGCCCUCUUGACUGGGAGGCUUACAUUGAGACGUAUUGCAUCGGCACCAAGCGCUACGUGCUGAAUGAAGACCUCAACUCGUUGCACAUUGCCAGGAGAAACAUCAGAACUCUGCGAAACAUUCGGUGGAUGUUCAACACCGUCUUGCUCGUCCUCCUGUGGCGGGUCCUCAUCGCUCGCUCCCAGAUCGCUCGCAACCUCUGGUACUUUGUCACCAAUCUCUUCUUCAAGUUCCUGCGGUACUGCCGUGCCACAAGCUCCACCCACUAGAAGAGAAGCCCCUCCUGUGAUGAUGUUAGCCCUACCCAUUCUGUCAGUGGAUGUUGCUACAAGGAAGGUAGCCCCUCCCGUUUUGACAUGGGCUCCUCCUGUGAGGAAAGGUAGCUCCUCCCAUUUCCACUGUAGCUUCUCCCAUAAGGAAGGUAGUGGCCUGUCUCAAUUUCAAGAAAGCUCCACCCUCCUUUAUGGGAAGUGGUUCCUCAAGAGACAUGAAAAGGGAGUUACCAGUGAUAUUUAAAAUGGUCUCAAGAAAAGCGCUGAAAUUUUUCAUUCGAAAAGAAACCUAAAUUGCUUUGUUGUUUGCACCAUUGCAACUGAAAGUGUAUGUGCAGCCCAACCCACUGAGAAAUUAAGCCCCACCUCUUCACAAAUUUCCAUUUCUGGAAAUAAGCUCCGCCCCUAUUGAGUUGUCAUCAGCAUCAAUUUUUUAUUCAGACAUUUCCAGUGUACGGCACAAAAAAGUCCUCCAUGAUGAAUGACACCCACCCACCUAGUCACAUUGCCACAUCCCUUUUUAAGGGAACCAUUUUUAGCCUAAAGUUAGCCCCACUUAUUAAAUGUUAAGGGUGGAGAAAAUAUUUGAGAAAUAGUUUUUUGUAAUGCAAAAGAGUUGUAAAAAAUUUCAGCCACAUGCUUAUGUUAAAUUUACAAUUAUUUUCUAUUUGAAAUACAUGAACAACUAAUUACAAAGGACAACUGACUUUGAUACUGGACAACUGAUUUUAAUGUAGGACAACUGAUUUUGAUCUUGGAUGACUGAUUUUGCUGGUUUACCUGUGGAGCUCAUUUGUACAAGCACUCGUAUUGGAUUGCUUUCUUGUAUAUAUAUAUAUUUGUGAGAGAAAUUGUGCGGUCUUCAGAGGGACCAAAUUGAGUGUGAAGUUAACCCCUUCGCUAAGGAGGACUGCUACUACCGCACCGGUGAGUGAGGAUUAGUGCAUACCACACAUAAAGUCUAUUCACCAUGCAGCUGCUGGUUCAAUGGGGCCUGCUGCUGGACAAAGCCCUGCAUUCAUGCCAAGGCCCAGCAGUUGUGGUCAAAAUAUUCUGCCGUGAAGGGGUUAAAGCAGUUAACUCUAUAAAAAAAUUCUUUGGUGGAUGGGUCUCUGCGUCGUGCCACAUACUUUUGAAUGCGUACGUGUGGGAAAUUUCAUUACGUGUACUGUGUAUAUUUUCAUGUGCUACAAGAUGGAGCUUUUAUACAAGUAAGAUCAGAUUUGGCGAUUGGCUGUGUUGUUCUUUGUUUGAAACUCAAGGUAUAUGUACAUGCACUCGGAAUUUUCUGCUAGGAAUCCUACCUGUUCCAUUGUUGGAAAAUGUCUGCUCACUGCAAGCCAAGCAUCUUCACUAAAGAUCAGAAAACAAUUGGUUUAUGGUUUGCUUUUGUUGUGAGUUUUAUCCAGGAAUGUCGGCUUUUGUGCAAGCAUAGGGUGUGUAACUGACACUGUGAAGGACUCUGGUUACUUGACAAGGGCAGAGUGUCAUGGUUUAGCACAGAGGUGUUUGUAAGAGAGUCGCGACAUGAAUGUCUGAACUGUUGGAACCAAAAUGGUGGAUUAUGCGUCAGUCCACUUGGACAGUUAGCAGACAGUAGGUGCAUGCUGUACUGCACACAAAAUGAACAGCCAUUUUGGUUCCAAAGUCUGAAGUUGGUGCUACUUUCUUUGUAAGCAGCUUUGGAUUUAGCAGAGCCGGCAGAUUGGGCCCUGAUGUUCGUGAUUGAGAAUAUUGGCCUGUUUGUGGAUGCGAACAGAAUCAGGGACUUAUUGAGAUGCCUGACAUUGUCAAGCAUACCAGUUGUUUCUGUUUGCCUCAUUUCGAUGCAACCAAUAGAAAGGAAUUGAUACAUUUUGCCGACACCCGGCAAUUUGACAAGUUUGCAUUGUAAGGGCCGAUUCCAACACAUUCUAUUUUCAGACACACUGCAAUGUGUGCCUGGUGCCUGAAUGGUAAAAGAGAUUAUUGGAGUUUGAAAAGAAAAACCACCCUUUGCACUUAAGUGCCCAUGGACAGC